GUCGGAUCCUCCGCUAGAAUGGUUACAACAUCUCAAGCCAUGGUUGUAGUUCCCCCGUUAGCCGGUGGCAGCUCCGUCGAGCACGGUUGCAGCUCUGUCGCUGAAAAAAAAGAAAGUAGCAUGGCCGCAGCUGGUUGUAACUUUUUCAUGGUCGGUUGCAACUCUGCUGGCGGACGGUUGCAGCUCCACCGUCGGCAGUGCCCACUGGCUCCAGCGCCGCCCAACGACAAUUGCAGCUCCACCAACUCUGUGUGCCUGUGCGUGUGUGAGAGAGAGAGACACGCAGGCGUCCGGCGCAGUUUCCAGCCGGUCGCUUGGAGGGAAUUGUUUCCCUUCUUAGAAUCCUGCGCUCCGAAGGAGCCCUAAGGUGAAGUUCCUAUAAAUCACAAUCCUAUGAAUCAAACAAUACACACAGAAAAAUCCUAAGGAUUAGAAUCCCUAAAAAAUAUAUUUUGAAAUACUCUGAUCAGAUAGCGUCACUAAUCCUCCUCUCGAUGGUCGCAUUUGUCUUUCCGUCCCCAGUCGGCCAGGGAAGCUCUGUGCUGAGUGCCCCAUCGCCUGAACAGGAGCCCAGAGGAGGACGGCAAGCACAUACCGUUGCAAGGCUUUCCUUGACUACAUUUUUCUUUUUACCAAAAAAUGGUUUCUACUUGAGCGGAGCCAUGAAUCUCAACCGUCCUCUUCGAAUCCAACAGCUUGAGACCAACCAAAGGCAAGGAACUGUUCAACGCAGUGUUUAAACAAGGCAUGAACCUUUGGAGAUCAUGUGAGAAUAGGUCUAGAAAAGUCCCCACCGUCAUCAAGGAAGUGGCAGAAAAAUAUCACCCAAAAACAAUAAAAGCACAACAGGCAGUCUAAACUCUAAACUCCAGUAUAACAUAAGACAAGUAAAUCAGUAAAGGGAAAAACAACGAAGCAUAACCGCUGAUACCUCGGCCCAUCUCCAAGAUCGCAGCAACCAAGGAGCAUGCCCUUGGCUUCACUUCUAAGCAAGGCUAGCAGUUUUCUGGAGUCAGAGCUGCGGUCUAGCUGUGCCCAGAGGAUUUCCAGUGCUCAAUCUCCUAGUACAAUGACUAUAAAAUGGCAUCGAGAUUGCUUUCAUUCCACAGCUCAUUAAGAGCGGGGAACCUGGGGCACCCUUAAAUCCUCUGAUUCCUGGGAGAAGAACGAAAGCUUACCACAAAGGAAGUAAACAAAGUACGCACAGCUACCUAUGCGAUGCACCGGUCAGUCCUCACCAGCCAACACCACACCCCUCCUUCAUAUGAGAGGGUUUGUGACUUCCUAGUUCAUACAGUGAUGCAACCGUAGACCUACCAAUGGCCAAGGAAAGCACUCCUCCUCCAAACCUCCAUGGCAUAAACCCCAUCAGAAACUCAAGCAAAAGAUUUCCUGGUGGAAGAAAACUUGCGCUGAUACUAAGCGCAGUCGUAUUCGUUCUUGUUUCCUCGGCAUAUUAUCCUGGGCAGGUUUUCUAUGGCUCUACAGAGCUGACUCAUAAUUCUCAUCAGACGGCCAUCGCCGGUCACAAAGACAAUGAAAUAGACUGCGAUCUGUUCAAUGGCACAUGGGUCAGGGAUUUGGGAGGCCCAAUCUACACUAACAUGACAUGCCCGACGAUACCAGAUUCAAAGAACUGUGCAAAGUAUGGAAAGCAAAUGGAUUAUGUAAACUGGAGGUGGAAGCCACAGGGCUGUGAUAUGGCAAGGUUUCAACCUCAGCUAUUCUUAAAUAUUGUCCAAGGGAAGACAUUGGCUUUUGCUGGGGAUUCAAUUGGACGGAACCAGAUGGAGUCACUCCUCUGUUUAUUGUCUCAGGUAGAAGCUCCAACAAAAGUUCACAGCGACACUAAAGAUAAAUUUAUCACAUGGAACUUCAGAUCUUAUAACUUCACUCUCAUGGCACUGUGGACAAAAUUUCUAGUAGAAGAUUCUCAAAGAGAGAUCAACGGGACAUUAGUUGAAUCGCAUGAUAUGCACUUAGAUAAACUUGAUGCAAGAUUAGCUGCAAACUUGCAUGAGAUCAAUAUCUUAGUUGUAUCUAGUUCGCGUUGGUUCUUCAGAACAAAUUAUCUCUACGAAGACGGGAAACUCAUCGGUUGCAUAUACUGCUCAGAGGAUAACAUCACAAGUUUCAGCGUCAUUUCAGCUAUUCAGAGGGUAUUCAGGACGGCUAUCAGUAACUUGAAUAGCCGCCGAGAAUCCAGAUUGCAGUUAACAGUGGUGAGGACAGCAACACCGGCACAUUUUGAAAAUGGCCAGUGGAAUACUGGAGGAACAUGCAACAGAACUGAACCAGUGGGAGAAGGAACAGCAAUGACCAGUACAAGUGAAAGGGAAAUAAGAGAUGUCCAGGUUGAGGAAGCGAACAGAGCACAAAAGGAGAAAAAACAAAAGGGUGGGAUGAAUAUAGAGAUCCUAGAUAUAACCAAGCUUAUGUCUAUGAGACCUGAUGCACACCCAGGGAUCCACUGGAAUAAUGAGUGGAUGAGGGGUUACAGUGACUGUUCGCAUUGGUGCCUGCCAGGACCAAUUGAUAUGUGGAAUGAGCUAUUACUUGCUGUGCUUUACAAAUAUAAGAAAAACGUGGAAGUCCAAUGAUGCAGGAACUUCUGCUAAUCCAUAAGAUCCCAGAGAGUCCCUCUUUUCCUUCUUUUUA